GAACUGGUCAGUUUCGCUGGAGAUUCGUUAAUUUGUUAUGAUUAGAAUGUAAGCAAGGUUCUAUGUUGUGUUUGGCUUGUAACUGAUUUGGCCCGUAUUUGAGGAAAAAUGAUUUAUUUAUAGCUAGUUUGCAGUUUUGAUGAAAGCUGUUUAUAUUUUGGACUCUUAUUGUUUUAAGUACUUAUUAUAGGAACAAUGGAUAAAAUCAAAGUCGCUAUAAAAGUACGGCCAUUGAUUGAGCGCGAAAAAGCUGAAGGUUGUGGGGUUUGUUGGAAUGUGUCUGAAAAUUCCAUGUGGCCUGUGGAUCAUAUCACGCAGAAAGCAAGAGGAGAACCCUAUUGUUUUGACCACGUGUUUGGAAUGGAGACAUCAAAUUAUGACCUUUUCGAGACAGUGGCAACACCGAUAGUGAACGCUGCUGUGCAUGGAUUCAAUGGGACAAUUUUUGCUUAUGGUCAAACAUCUUCUGGAAAAACACACACGAUGAUGGGAACCCGGACCGAGCCUGGAAUUAUUCCUCUGGCCAUUGGACAGAUGUUCGAGGCCAUUAGCAGUGACUUACCAGGACGACAGUUCCUCCUGAGAGCUUCGUACAUUGAGAUCUACAACGAGAAGAUUAACGAUCUGCUGAGCAAGAAGUCUAACCUGAAACUGCGCGAGGAUGCUGGGCAAGUUGUGGUGGCGGACCUGAGUGAAGAAGUCGUGCACACGCCCGACAAGAUUAUUGAGAGUAGAAACACACAGGAUGGAGACGGGGUCAUCCAGGUGUCACACUUGAACCUGGUCGAUCUCGCCGGAUCUGAGCGAGUGGAGCAGACGGGGUCAACCGGUGAUCGGCUAAAGGAAGGUUGCUCCAUCAACCGCUCCCUGUUCUUCCUCGGUCAAGUCAUCGCACAACUGACGGAUGGCGAUGAUCAUGUGAGCUACAGGGAUAGCAAGCUGACCAGGAUUCUGCAGUCCUCCAUUGGUGGCAAUGCCCUUACCGCAAUAGUGUGCGCUGUCACCCCGGCGGCAGUUGAGGAGACUGCAAACACUUUGAGCUUUGCAUCUCGAGCGAAAAACAUCAAGAAUAGGCCCCAAGUAAAUGAGGUGUUGACAGAGGCUGCGUUGCUGAAGAGAUACACUCGCAAGAUCAAAGAACUAGAAGAGGAGCUUGAGCGAGCACGAAAUGUGACCCCUGAAGUGAGCGAAAUGCAGAGCAAGCUCUACGAGGAGAUGAACCUCAACGAGCAGCUGAUGAAUCGCAUCACUCGCCUGAAGGAGAAUGUGAUCAACUCCUGCAUCAAGAAGCCACAGCCAGAGGCGCUGCGACGCAGGACUUGGUGUGCCCCACGGAUGUCCAGCCGGACCAGCAUCUGUAGACCAGUGAAGUGGAACCUGCCAUCCAUAGCAGAGUCGAGUGGUUCAGACUCUCCGCUUGAGAGGCGGCACAGUUUCAACGUGUCCCUGGAGGACAACACCUCUGAAUGUACGUGUUUUAAACUUAGUGCACCCCAGGAAGUGGAGAACAUGGCGGAGGUGGACAUGGGCCUUUAA